UACUAAUAUAAUCUAAGGAUAUGCUAUCCUAGCUUUGAUGCGCGUUUUAUUUUUAAAGGUAGAACAGGAAGCCUCGCGGUGUUGUUAUUUUGAUCCUUCUUAAAGUGGCAGCCCGGUUUUUCCAUCAUUCCUAACUUUUCAACUUUCCCCCCAGCGAUUAUUUUGUUACUACGGGAAAAAAAAGUCUCUUUCCAAGCUGCGUGUAUGACGACCACCAUGCUGCGUCAGUAGAUUCUGACACCCAGGAAAGAUGUUUUGCGCUGGAGACCCUCUUACCUUUAAUGCGCGCAAAGCAAGGCUAAGGAAACAUUUAGAGGAGUUUAACCGAGGCAUAAUGAAGACAGAAGCGACGCAGCUAGUUAGCCGGUAGCGCACUAAAGCACGGAUGUUUCGGGUACGUUUAGUCGCGGCGAGGCUCGCGUCAUGGUCGUUUUUCUUCGGCAUCAAAGUUGUGUGUCUGUUUUCGCUCUUGUCGCUGGUUGGCUGCGGCCACGAAGCGACGCUGCGCGCCGGUGUCACGGAGGACGGUGACGGACGUUAUAACGGGACGUCGUGGGACACAACACAUCUUUACUCAAGGAAAUGUGGCAACCUUUGCACUCUUCAUGCAAUGCAUCAAGACCCAAAAGGAAGGUCUGCAGGCCUGGCGAUGCUCAGGAUUAAUGGUAAAAUGGAUCACAGCCUGCUGUCUGUUUAUGGGUGGAGCCCACUGCCGUCUUCGGCACCCGCAGGGCCGUGGGGCCACUCUUUUUACUCCUCGUUCUCCUACAUGUCAGACAUGAUGCGCCUCAGAAAGAGCAGAAGCACACUGAUCAGACACAGCCCGCCCCAGCCUCCUCCUCAGGUUCAGAGUGCGGUUCCUCCAUCCUCAUUCGAGGUUCAGUUUUACAAGUGUGCCCAGGUGAAGCUCGGCAGCGAUCCCCCUCAGUUGACGCUCUUCCUGCUGAUCCACAAUCUGAGCCCCCUGGGUGGGACCAACCUCUCUCAGGUGGCCGUACGAGACUCCAUAUCGGGAAUAGUGCCCAUCAAAAGCGAAGGCAGGGUCGUCGAAAGAGGCUACCAGAUGUUUGCCAUUGAUUCGCUGCUGGCCGGAUCUCACGCUGUUGUGAAUUAUACCGCUCACCUAAGGAGUCACAAGAACGAGCUCCUGGAUCUUCCUGCUUUCCUGACCUUCUCUAACGCGUCACAGAAUGACGUCAGUAUGUUUGGGCCACUAAGAGCCAAUCUGACCCUGAGGGUAAAUUCAACUGACAGGAUUUUCCCCAAUCAUGGAGUCCAUUUUGCUGGAUUUGUUGCUGGUUUCUUUGUCACUUUGGUGCUGCUGUUGCUGGGCGUCCUCGCCAUGAAGUUCACAAGUCCCAGAGCGAGGUUUUGCCUUCUUCAGACAAGGAGGAUCCGAUGCGACUUGGACCCUGAGUAUGCGGACUCCAGCAUGACUGAGACAAUCAAGGAUGAAGCUGCAUUUGAGGAUAAGAUGGUGGACCUCAUGGUGCUGGAUGAUCCACAGAACAUGUUCCAGGCUUUGGAGAACCUUGAAAUGUCCUCACUGCUACAAGCCUCCAGUAACCUGGAAGCCACCCGGGUUCAGAUUUACAAAGACGUGAUGUUCUGCUUGCUCGGCGGCCUGCGAUCCCGGGGCCAGGUCGGCGCCCAGGCGCAGCAGAGGCUGCUCAGCGUGGUCCAGGGGCAGCUGCUAGGCAUGGAGGGGCGCCUGAAGGAGGAACGAGGGGCUCGCAUGGCUGCUCUGGCUGCUCAGUGCAACCUGGAAACGCAUGAAGAAAUGGAAGCAGAGCAUCGCACACAAGCGGCCGAGAAGGCCCGGGCCGAGCGGCUCUGUCAGCACGCGGACCAGCAGGAGCUCCUCCAAUGCAGCAUCCUCCUGGAGAAGCUGCACAAGCUGAGCCAGAGUCACCUGCGGCGCGUCCUCUUGGUCCGACACGAAGACGCUUCAGCGAAGGUCCAGAGAGAGCUCGUCGAGUGGCGGCGGGUGGAGCUGCACAAGAUCUUCUCAGAAGAGCUGGAGGAGGCCACAAGGAUGGGCGAGUUGGAGAAGAGCACAGCAAGGAGGCUUCAACACGAGUACUUCACUUGUCAGGAUGAGCUGGAGGAAGUGCUGGAUGCAGUUGUUGCCAACCAGCGGUAUGUCCUGGCUGAACGCAGCGCCCAGAGGCGGUUCCUGGUGCACAGCCUCCACAGUCUCAACGGCCUGAUCUCCGACACCUUCUCCAGCACCUCGGGUAGCCUGGACAGCUGGUUCUCCCACGUCAGGAGGGGGAGCAUUGUCCCUGCAGAGCAGCUGGACCAGCUGCAAGAAAAGGCCCAGAAGGAGCUGGUUAUGGUGAGACAGAGGCUGGAUGAGACACUGAACCAAGAGAAGAGAGCCAUGCGCUGCGGCCUGAUCAACAAGAGGAGGCAGCUCAUCUCAGACAUGCUCAGGGUCCACAAGCAGAGACAGAGGGAUUUAUCCAGCAUUACCAAAAGUCUGGAAGAGAAGAUAGAUGUAGCACACCAUCUGCGCUGUUGGCAGAACUUACUGACAGCUCACAGCCUGGAGCUCGCCGAGCUCAUCAACAAUCUGGACGAGGAGGCCGCCGCCGACAUCCGCAAGGUGACAAUGCGAGGCAUCCAGGGUGCGAUGGCCGACGUGAAAGCCGUCCAGCCCUCUGCGGCACAGGCCGUGCUGGCGCUCCUGCCGCCAGGUGCUAAACACCCCACGCUGCAGGUGGAACCAGAGGUGGGUUCUGGGAAGGCUGCAGGGAAAGGGGCCGGCGCUCUGCUGCUGGGCCAGGAAAGGCUUCAUCAGGAAGGCAAGGCAGCACUGCGCACCCUCAGCUGCACCAGGGAGUCUCUGCAGGAAGCCAUGGAGCAAGAGCUGCAGGAGCAGAAGGAACUCCGGGCUCACUGUAGAGAUUUCUUCAGGUGUCUGUGCUGCUCUCAGCUGACGCUGUCUGAGGACGACAGGCUGAGGAUGAAGCUAGAGUUUCAGAAGAGUCUGUCCGUACUAGACUGCUGUCUGGUGCUUCCUCACGCUGUCUCCAGAACGAAGCUCCACGCUGCUUUGGCCGCAUGGAGAGCAAAAAGUCAAGAGGAGAUUGAAGAGGCAAAUAUGCAAUCCAAGAGAAAACCCACUAAGGCCAGAAAGAAAACGGACACGUCUGUGUUGGUGUGCUUCCAAAAGAGGCUCCAGGACAGGAUUCAGCUGUUUGAGAAAGAGAAGGAGAAGGAGAUGGAGAGCGAUGUUAUAAAUACGGUGAAAGAGGAGAUGCAGAGGGAGAGGAAAGACUAUCUGCUCUGUCAGGCAGAUAACCUGGCAAUGCAGAUGGCUACAAUCAUCUUUCAGAAGGCUGAGAGGUGGACCAAAGUGUUUGAGACAUCCAAGGCCAUGGUCACCCUGCAGAGCCUGCUCAUUCAAGAGCUCAGGGAGGGAAAUACCUCAGAACUACAGGAUAUGGCUCAGACUAUAGACAGCCACUGCUUGAGCCGAGAAGAAGCAGAACACCAGCUUCACUCUGAGAGGACAGAAGUGGACAGGCUACAGAUGUUUCAGCUUGGAGUAGAGGCACAUGAAUCCCAGAGAGAAGGCUUCGAGGAAGAGGAGGCCAAUGAAGAAGAGGAUGUGUUUGAGCUCCAGCCGGAUUGCACCAUGAUGUCCAUCCUCCAGGAGGCGCUUCACAAGUGUGAGCAGGUUAUGGCCUUGACCUUGGAAAGGUUUCAAGAGAUUACCUCCAGCAAUCAAGUCAAGGAAGAGUUAAAAGAACAAAUGGAGCUCAAAAGACUUUAUUCAAGCUGUGAUCAGGACCUGGACUUUGCCUCUCAGCUGGUAAAGCAGAGUCAUGUUUCUGAUGAGGUUCUCUUGGAGGUUCUGCGUCUCCUCCUCCCAAGUCUGCCCGAAGGUGAACUCCUUUCCAUCAGUGACGCUCUCAGCCGCAAACAGCAUCCUGCUUCAGCUCCUGCAGAGCAGGAGCGCUCCGGAUGUGCCGGGGAGCAGAACAGAGCCAUUCCUGUCAGACUGAGGGAAGCUGUGGCUCGGAAAAAUAUCAGAAAUAUGCCAAACGCCGUUGUGGAAAGAGAGAGGCUUCAGGAAAAGAUGCGGAGCAUGGUGGAAAGACUGCUCCCCAGGUCCCAGGUCCUGCUCCCAAGAGAUGGCGGACCGUUGCUGGCCGAGGGCAGAGGAAAGCAGGACGAUUCCGUGAGUUCUGCUUCAAAGCCAGCCGCGCUUGUCCAGCAGCUCCGGAGCGACGCGGCGGACGCUGUGAAGGAGGCGGUGCGCGGCCCUGCAGGGCGAAGCAUGGCCUCAGCCUCCGCCUGCAGUGCACCGGGCGGCCCCGCCCCCAGCGAGCGCCUGUUUGUGUUUCGGGAUCCACCCGAGUCCAAUAACACAGCGGUUAUCCCGAAAAGGACGAAGAAGAGGAAUUUUCUCAAUUUGAAGAAAGGUUCGGUCGCUCCUGCAACCUGAGACUUGCAUGCAAUGUCUUUUUUUUUUUACAAUGUUUUUAUUAUUGUGUUGUAAAUAUGAAAUAAAAAAUAUGCAAUGACAAAUUCAUAGUUUUUACUGAAGCUAAAACAACAUUUUUUUUGUACAUUUCACCAUGCAUGUCACAUCUGGCUUUGUUUCAAUUAAAGGCAGCUGACUUCUUA